GUGUGCUUCGCCUCGUGGGCCAGCGGCCUCCUUCGGUCCAUCCUCCGCACUCGGACCACUUUUGCUUCUUUCCUCAAGUCUACUUUGCACCUGCCCAGGCUUGCCGGGCCUGCUCCGCCUUCUGGGGUGGUCUUCCCACUCCCCUUGCCUGCCGCUGGCGUUUUCGCCCGCUUCUCUUUGGAGUGCAGCUCCCGUCUCCGCAGGCGCAUCAUGCACAGGCGCCUGUUGCACAUUGUUUGCAUGGCUUUGAAUUUCCUGCAUUCCAACUUUGUGCCAAUACCUUUGACUGCGCUCCAGCGGCCUCCGAAUGCUGCACAGCGAAGCCUUGUUGCGCAUCUGAGCCGCCAUUUGAAGGCGUUCGGUGCCUCUGUCGGUGAGUUCCCUUUAUCCGACUCAGGCCGCCGCAAUCCCCAAUUGAUUGCACGACUCUCUGAGCUAACGUCUUUUCUUUCUGCAGCCUCCGCUGCCACGGGGGACACUUAUGCUGAUCGUUCAGGUACUGUGGUUCCAAUGCACAACGAUGCCUUCCCUGGCCUUGAUCCUUUCAAGUCCUUGGACGUUUCUCGUUUGAAGCUCUCGGGGCGUGGCCUUUGGGAUCCCCUGCCCCAUCUUCCUGCAGAGCUCUACAUGGCCUUCGCCGAGCCCUCCUGCCUGGCCCAUGGCGUUCUUCCCCCUGAUGACUUUGUCCCUGUGUGGACCCGCGAGGACCCUCGCGAGACAGCCAGGCUUGCCUCUCUCUGGGAUGAGCUUGGGCUCCUUCGCCUCGCCUCGGCUAGCGCCUGCUCCUCAGACAGCUUUAGGCUCGCCAGGGCUUUCAACUGCUACAAGGGACCGGAUAAAGACAGGAUGAUCAUAGAUCGUCGUGGGCAGAACUGGGCCGAGUCCCGGUUACCCGGGCCCAGCAUCUACAUACCUGUUGGCCCCAUGCUGGGCAUGCUGGAGGUUGACCCGCGACGGCAGUCGCUUUACUGCGCCGCCACCGACCGCAAAGAUUUUUAUCAUCAAAUAAGGGCCCCACCCCGCAGAUGCAUCACCAACGUUUUGGGCCCAGCUAUCCCGCGCGCAUGGGUUUCCAGUACCAAGGCUCUCGCCAGCCCUCUUCGCUUUGCCCCCUUCGGUCAAGGCCUUGCCUCGGCGCGCUCUGGUUCCCAAGGCCGGGGCUCACUGCUCUUCAACCCCGGGGACUACCUUGUUUGCUUCGGUGCGGUCGCUCAGGGGGAUCACUUGGGUGUGGAGAUAGGCAGCGCUGCUCAUGGCUCCAUCCUGGAGGCCGGUGGUCUACUUGACCCCUCCUGCCGCCUCUCCUCGAACCGUCCUUUUAAGGGCACCACCGGCGCACAGGGCCUGGUCAUAGACGAUUUUUUCUCCAUAAGCAUCCAUGAUGACAGCGCCCCCUCGCCCCCGGCCUGCCUUGAUCAUCUGGCCACUGCAAAAGCCAUCUACCAUCGAGAGGGGCUCCUUGGAUCUGAUGAUAAAGAUGUCGCAGGGCUGCCCUUCGCGAAGAUAGCAGGAGCCGAGGUGAAUUCCACCCCUCAGGUUCGUGCUCUUGGCUUGUGUACCAUAGCCAGUCCCGCCUCGAAGCGUGCCGCCUUAGCUGCCAUCUCUCUGGAAGCCUCCCGGUUCCUGCACAUCACUGACAGCCUCAUGCUGUCUUUGCUGGGGAGUUGGACUUCGGCACUCCUCUUUCGUCGGCCCUUGAUGUCUGUAUUUUCUGCGGUCUAUGACGUGUGCCAUGCAGCCUCUGUUCGCCCGAGCCGGCCCGUGCUGAGGUCUUUGCCCAGGCCUGCCGCCCAGGAGCUUGUGCUUAUCAGUGUGCUGUCUCCCUUGGCCAGCUGUGACGUCGCCGCCCCCUUCCACGGCCGGCUCUAUGCCACCGACGCCUCGGAGGAGAAGGGGGGCUAUGUCGUUGCCGAAGCCAGUGUGGACCUCCUUCGGCCCCUUUGGAGGACGGCUUCAAAGAAAGGCGGUUACAGCCGCCUUCUCUCCAAGGAGGAGGCCUUGCUGUCUAGGUUCUCCGAUCCUGAGACCUAUGACUUGAGGAUGCUGUGUGCGCCACCUACAGCUUCGCCUGUCAGGCCCCUCGCUUUCUACUUUGACUUCUUGGAGGUUGGCUGCACCGCGGGCCAGGUUACUUCUUUGGUCGCUUCGCUCGGCCUUGCCGUUGGGCCCGUCUUCUCCCUGCGGGAGAGCCCUGCCUACGAUCUUAAAGACCUCCGGGCUAUUGAGUGGAUUUUGCAUUUACUCGAGCACCGCCGCAUCAAGUGUAUCAUGCUUGUGCCUCCCACUCUCUACUCGGUUGGGGGCACUGCCGGCAAGACAUCGGGGCCUCGUCCCUUUGGCCCGUGGCGUUCUUCUGGGUCGGCUCCUGCUGCUCACCGCACCACCGCUGCGCAUCGCUGCUUGCUUCUCUUCCAAGCCGCGUUGCGGUGUGGCGUCCUUGCCGUGUUGGCGCCUUUCCGAGCCUCCCGCCUUAUCGGCUCCAUUGUUUGGCAUCGUCUUGUGCUGCUGGGUGCCACCCAGUAUGAUGUGUGUCAGUGUGCCUUCGGAGGCCCCUGCCGCAAGGGUUGUAAGUUCCUUGCUUUUGGCAUUGAUUUGUCCCCGCUUGCGGUGCCUUGCUGCUCUGGGCCCUUUAGUGACCAUAGCGGCUCCCUUCAGCCCGCUGGCCUUUUCCUUUCUUCGCUCUUUGCUAGAGCUCUUGCCUCUGAGAUUGACCGUGCUCUGUGUCGUGUCGCUCGCGUCAGCACCCUCCGCGAGCCCUCUGUCGAGGGGCUUGAGAGCUGCGUGAUCAAUGAUGUUGUGCUGUCCCUUCGUUGGGUCCCGGGUGCUGAUUGGUGUUGGCGGGCCACAGCCCACAUCAAUAUACUUGAGACGGCCUCGAUUUUACGGCUGCUUCGCACCCUCGCCCCUUUUGCUCCGUUGCGGGUUGUGAUCCUGGUUGACUCUUCAGUCGCUUUUCACUCCUGUGCCAAGGGCAGGAGCCCUUCCCGUGGACUCCAGCCUAUCCUCAGAAAGAUCUGUGCCGUGUGCGUGGCCUCAGGGAUCUAUGCUGCCUUCCACUUUGUGCCCACUCGCUUGAAUCCAGGCGACUGUCCUACCCGUGACCUGCCACUUCCGGUGCCUUCUGCGUCAUCCUUUUGGGCUUCUCUGUGCACCGACGAGCUUUACGAGGCCUUGGCUCAGCCUAAGCUUCGUCGUUGGGCCUCAAACUGGGUUCGGCUUGUUGUUCUUGCCUUUGGGCAUCCGCCUGCGUACCGGCCUUCUCUUGGCUGGCGCUCUUUGCACUGCACGUCAAAGGCCUUCGACUCUACCCUGGGCUAUCCUGGAGAGGGUCCUUUCUUCGGGGUUUUCAGGGUUUGGUUCUUUUGGGUUGCUGCCUUAGCCGCCCCGAGCCAUGUCCUUCGCCCGCGUCACGCUGCGGAUUGGAAAAGGUCCCGAGCUAGGUCCGAGUUGGUUCUGGGCGAGGGCCGACCAGUUGAACAGGUCACCCAGAAGCGACGUGAGAAACUCCUCCUCGCUUUUUCGGACUGGCUGCUUCAGCAGGACGAGACUUUUGAGUCGCUGCUUGACUUAAGCCCUGCCACGACUAAGAAGCUCAACGUUCUUUUGGUACGCUACGGAAGGCAACUGUUCGAAGCUGGAUGGCCCUACUCUCACUACAGCGAGGUCAUCAACGCCGUCAGUAGCCGGGAACCUGCACUUCGCAGGUCCUUGCAGAUGGCCUGGGAUCUGGCCUUCGCUUGGCUUCGGGAGGAACCUCACUCUCAUCACGUUGCUCUACCCUGGCAGGUCUUGGUUGCUGCCAUCACGACUGCCCUCAUCUGGGGGUGGCCCCGGGUUGCAGGCCUUCUGGCCCUGACGUGGGGAGCUGUCCUUAGGAUAGGCGAGGCUUUCGCCGCCCUGCGAUCGGACCUGGUUCUACCUAGUGAUGUUUAUGACACGGUGCAUUUCUGCUUGCUGUCGAUCAGUGAACCAAAGACUCGCUUCAAAGCUGCCCGUCACCAGUCGGCAAAGCUAGACCAACCGGACUUGCUUGCAGUCGUACGGUUAGCCUUUGGUCAUCUGAAAGGUGGCUGCAAGCUGUGGCCCUACUCAGCCUCUACGUUCCGGAGCCGCUUCGAAGCCAUCAUGCACCGUUUGGGCACGGACCGCUGGUCGGGACAGGGCACGAAGAAGCUAGACUUGGGCUCUCUCCGAGCAGGAGGGGCCACCUGGCUUCUGCACUCCUCUGAGGACUCGGAGUUGGUUAGAAGACGUGGUCGUUGGCUGAACAGCAGGACGAUGGAGAUUUAUAUCCAGGAGAUUUCUUCCCUGCAGUUUAUUCACCUCCUGGAGCCAAGUUCACGCCAGCGCGUCUUCGCUUUGGUGGACAGCUUUCACGCGGUUUUGCUCGUGGCCGAGCAGCUGCAGGCAUCAUUGAUGCCGACCGAGCGCUGGUAUUCUCACUAUGCCGGUGGCUAG